AAUUAUAUCCAAAUUUCAACUUUAUCAAGAAAUGUCAAGUUUGCUCAGUGAUAGCUGCAUCCAUGUUUCCUGAAGUGUAAUAAUGGAAGUAGGCAGAUCUUUCAGACUGGGGGAACUUCUGGAGAAAUACAGAAUCCUCAGCAGACACAGACUGCUUAAAUAUCUGUUCUGGCCAGUAUUAGGUCUUGCAGGUACUGCAGGGACUAACUUUAAAUUUCACAAAGGAGUGCAAUGUGUAUUAGAACAUGAACCCAGUGGCUGCUGAGUUGUCUGGAAUCUCUUUGCUGGCUUCUAUGACUGAGCCCUCAAGGCUGGCAGCCUCGGUGGUUUCUUCUCUGUGGCGGCAUCUUGUCCUACUAUGACUCUCAGGAAGAUGCCUGGAAGGGUUGCAAGGGAAGCAUCCAAAUGGCUGUGUGUGAAAUUCAAGUUCAUCCUGCAGAUAACACACGAAUGGACCUGAUCAUCCCAGGGGAGCAAUACUUUUAUCUGAAGGCGAGAAAUGCAGUCGAGAGGCAAAAGUGGCUGGUUGCACUAGGAACUGCCAAAGCCUGUCUGACAGACAGCAGGACACAAAAGGAAAAAGAGUUCACUGAAAACACAGAAGCCUUGAAGACUAAAAUGUCUGAACUUAGACUGUACUGUAACCUCCUUGUUCAGCAAGUGCAUAAAACUAAAGAAGCCAGCAUUUCUGGUGUAUCAGAACCAGAGAGCGGGAUUGAUAUGGGAGCUCUGUUGAAAUCAACCUGUGACACUUUCCUGAAGACUCUUGAAGAAUGUAUGCAGAUUGCAAAUACUGCCUUUACUUCUGAGUUAUUGCAUCAGACCCCACCUGGAUCCCCGCAUUUAGCAGUUCUCAGAACAAACAAGAUAAAGCACUCAGUCUUGCCCAGCCACACCUCAACAGAAAGGCAGAUGGAAUUGAAUCCCUGUGAAAAUGGCUCUGUAAAACCAGAAAUUAACCAGCAAGAACAAACCCUUAUUAAAAGUCUGGCAUGUUUAAAUCUGGAAACAAAUGAGGAGUGCAGCGAUGUUUCUGUUGAGGAUCACAUAGAAGAGAAUCUGGCAGGCAUUAAAGAAGAUGGAAAGAACAAGCUGCAAGCUGUAGAAGGCUUUGGUGCCCACACGUUGCUGCAAUCAGAAACAAAUUCUUUAAGUGGAUUGACUCUGUGUGAGGAAGAUGAAAAUGAAAAUGGCUUUCCUACAUUCUUCAGUGUCAUGAGCAAUAGGUUCAGUGAUAUUGAACUUAGGGAGGAAGAAGGCAUACCAACAGAAGAGUUUCUGGAGUCAUGUUACGCAAUUGUGCCGGUUCUGGACAAGCUGGGGCCAACUGUCUUUGCUCCUGUUAAAAUGGAUUUUGUAGGUAACAUCAAGAAAAUUAACCAGAAAUUUAUAACCAACAAAGAAGAGUUUGAUACCCUGCAGAAGAUAGUGCUCCAUGAAGUCAAUGCAGGUGUAGCACAAGUUAGAAACUCUGCUACAGAGGCUCUCCUGUGGCUGAAAAGAGGCUUGAAGUUCUUGAAAGGGUUUUUGACAGAAGUGAAGAAUGGAGAAAAGAAUAUCCAAACAGCUCUGAACAAUGCUUAUGGAAAGACGUUGCGGCAGCACCAUGGUUGGGUUGUCCGUGGAGUCUUUGCGUUAGCUCUAAGGGCAGCUCCAACAUACGAAGACUUUGUAGCAGCUCUGUCCGUAGAGGACUGUGAUCCUCAGGAGGAAACAUUUUACAAAGGAAUGCAGAGGGACCUCAACAUUUACUUACCAGCCAUGGAAAAGCAGCUAAAUAUCUUGGACACUCUCUAUGAAGUACAUGGUUUGGAGUCGGAUGAGGUGGUAUGACUACAGCAAGCCAACAUCUUAAAACUUCAGGGACUGUGUCUGUUAACAAAGAUUUUUUUUAACAUCGUUUCUGUUCAUUGUAGCUUUUCAGGUGGGAAGGGUGUGAGUGUUUUGGGGGAAAGGUAUGUAUGAUUUUUACUUUUUUUGGUGUGCACAUUUUGUGUUUAAAUGCAGAGGUACUGUUUCUCUUUGGGUCGUAACUAUGUCUGUGAUGAAUGUUUUUGACUCUUUCCUCUCCUGCCUCACCCCUUGUUCCCUUCACCUCUUAAAAGUAGCAGAGCAGAAUUUGUCCUUUGCUCCCUCACUUUACACGGGAGCCCCGCAUGCAGCAGAUCGGUCAUGAUGUCAACAUGGAGCCUGAGCAGGCGCUGCUGGCUUGGAUUCUCCCAUGCCCUGUGCUGCUCACUGUAGUGAGCAUUACUCUUACCCUGGCAGCAGAAGAGAAGGGCAGUUAAAUGCCAGUUCAUUGUGUAUGCUGUGAGUUUCCCUUAAUUUGGGUUAUUUAGGUUGAAGCUUUUUGUUUGUUUGUUUUAGCCUCCACAGAAAGAGGUGAUCUUCAUCACAAGCACACAUGGCUGGUGAUCACGAGCUUCUACCGGGAACCAGCCUUUGAAACUGGGCAUUGUGUUCCCUCCCAGCUACCGAUAUGUGCUGUGGUUUUCCUUUCAGCUCCUGCCAGUGGGCCAAAUGUACAGGAAAUUUCCCCUAGUGCCCUCCACACAAAGAGGAUGCUCCUGCCCAUGGUGCUCGAGCUGUGGUUCAGGGCAGCCUGCUGCACCAUAUAUCACGGUGCAGGAAGGAGAAGUGUACAUAUGACGAGUGGAGGGAAGGCUAUAAGCAUGAGGUGACAUUUCUUCUGCACUGGUACCACCACUGCUCCCUCUGUCCCCCAUGUCCCAGUGCUGUGGCUGGUGAGCCAGAGCCUUAGCUGGCACAGACUGGCAGAGCCCAGCUAGUUUCUGUAGUGCUUUACACAAGCAACUGAAAAUCAUGUCUAUCAUCCUGGUUUAUUAAAGUUCUGUGUUUUUUCUAUAUUUGGGCUUAGGAUUUUUUAAAUUAAAUUCAUGCAAAUAUAAUAUUUGCUUUUAAAUUGAAUGCAGCUAGCAGUUUAAAAAGCAGAUUUCACUGAAGUCCCUCUUAGGCUGCCGUUAUAGGCAGGACUUCGUGAAAGUGGACAUGAAAUAGUGACACCUAGGGGAAGCUAGAAUGUGUCACUGAGCCAUUGCACAUCGGGCGAAUUACAAACCUUAAAACCUGAAAUUAUGCAGAAGUGACUUGAAAUUAAGAAAGAAAGAUUUGGUGGUUUUCUCCUUCUGCUAAUACCAAUUAAAAAUAAAGUGCUCCUUAGCACUGCUGUUAUUAGAAAUAAUAAAGAAGUCCUUUUAGUUAGUGAUAUAGUUACAGACAAAAUUCCUACUUGUGUUGAAGACUAGAACACAGUCUGUGGAUUAUUUACUGCCCAUUCAAGGCGUAAGUGGGUCUCUCAGUAAUAAGAUAGGGAUUUGGAUAGCUUUGUCCAAAGAGAUGAGUCUAGCCCCUGUAGAGGAGGAGAUAAGGUUGUGCUAAUGAGGUACUUAAACUUAGUAAUGACUUCAUAAAUACAGGAGAGCUUUCAUUGCUCCCAUACUCACGGGAGAAAUACUAGCUUUUGCUAGAAUUCUAUCUAAAGUGAAUGUACUGCAGGCCUGCUGCCCUGCGUUGUUCUGAGACAGAAACCUCUCUUCAUGUCUUAUACUUGAUCCUUUCUAAGGAGCCCAGCAUUGCAAGCUUUAAGAAAAGCAUAUGAUGCUUGAAGAAAAGACCAAACGUCACACUAGGUGCGUAAAGCAAGAUAUUAGGACUGUAAUUGGGUAUUUAAACUGUGUCACUUUCUUCUUUCUGUCAUCUUCUCCAAGUUGUGCCUGUCUGUAGUUGCUACAUGCACCAAGGAAGAAACAAAAUGAUGUAGGGUUUUUAAUUUUUGGAGUUUUCUUAAUUUAAGUAGUGUAUAUUUAUGUUAGCAUAUAAAGUAAGAACUUUUGACCAAAGCUCCAUUCAGUUAUUUCUCUACUUGCAGUGCUAAAAAUGAAGCAGAGAGCCUUUGGGAUUUGGCUGUUUGCUUUUUGAAAGCAUGAAUGCAAAAAAGAAAAGGAAAAAA